AUGGCGUCUGCCAGAGCACUUGCUCGGCUUGCGCCGCAGCAAGCACGUCUGUCGCAGGUCGCGCAGCCUGCCAUCCGCCUCCAGUCCCAGCAUCGAUUUAUGUCCGUGAGGACACGACGUCCUGUCUACAGCGCACCCGCUACAGUACAGAGCCAAUUGCAAAUCCAGCGCAGGUUCGAGUCAACAGAAGCCCCUGCGGCCACUCUCUCGCCGCAACAACCCCCAAAGAAGAAGUUCAGCAAACUGCGCUUCCUGUGGCGUCUUAUCCAGCUAUCUCUGAUUGGUGGCUUGGGCUACACGGCGUACUCAAUCUACCAGGAGAGGCACCCCGCCGAGCCGGCCGACCCCGACCCAAGCAGGAAAACAUUGGUGAUUCUCGGUGAGGACCAACGUGUCAUAUGCCUUGACUCGCUGUGUACGGGAUGGGGCUCCGUCUCCCUGCUGAAGAACCUCGAUGUCGAGAACUACAACGUCAUCGUCAUCUCACCGCGCAACUACUUCCUCUUCACCCCUCUGCUGCCGUCAUGUACGACCGGAACAAUCGAGCACCGCUCCAUCAUGGAGCCGGUGAGGACCAUCCUGCGUAACAAGAAGGCUAAGGUCAAGUACUAUGAGGCCGAGGCCAGCAGCAUCGACCCCGACCGCAAGGUCGUCAAGAUCUUUGACACGUCAGAAGUCAAGGGCGACAUGGCCGAAACCGAGGUGCCCUACGACAUGCUGGUUGUUGGUGUUGGUGCAGAGAACGCCACUUUCGGCAUUCCGGGCGUGCGCGAGCACUCGUGCUUCCUCAAGGAGAUUGGCGACGCGCAGUUGAUCCGCAAGAAGAUCAUGGACUGCGUCGAGACGGCCGCCUUCAAGGAUCAGACUCCCGAGGAGAUCGACCGUCUGUUGAGCGUCGUCGUGGUCGGUGGAGGACCCACUGGUGUCGAGUUUGCCGGCGAGCUUGCCGACUUCUUUGAGGAGGACAUCAAGAAGCUUAUUCCUGAGAUCAGUGACCGAUUCAAGGUUACCUUGGUCGAGGCCCUGCCUAGCGUUCUUCCCAGCUUCUCCAAGCAGCUGAUCGAGUACACCGAGAGCACGCUCAAGGAGGAGAAGAUCAACAUCGAGACCAAGACUAUGGUCCAGAAGGUUACGGACAAGUCGGUCGAGGCCACCACCACCCGACCCGACGGUACCAAGGAGAAGCGCGUCAUGCCCUACGGCCUUCUCGUCUGGGCGACGGGUAACGCCGUCCGCCCUCUGGUCAAGGAUCUCUGUUCCAGGAUACCUGCGCAGAAAGACUCGCGCCGCGGCCUCGCCGUUAACGAGUACCUUGUCGUGCAGGGUGCCCGCGACAUCUGGGCCAUCGGUGACUGCGCCGUAGCUGGGUACGGACCGACCGCUCAGGUUGCCUCGCAAGAGGGAGCCUUCUUGGCCCGUCUGUUCAACAACAUGGCCAUGACGGAGGCACUCGAGAACAAGAUUCAAGAGCUCAGCUCGUCGCUCAAUGUGAAGCAGGCGGACAGGGCGCCGGCUGAGGUCAGCGCCGAGAUUGCCGAGUACGAGCGCAAGCUGCGUCGCAUCAAGGACAUCAGGCCGUUCAAGUACUCGCACCAGGGUUCUCUGGCAUACAUUGGCUCCGACAAGGCAGUCGCCGACAUCAGCUGGCUUGACGGCAACUUUGCCACCGGUGGCAGGCUGACAUACCUGUUCUGGAGGAGUGCUUACCUUUCCAUGUGCUUCAGUGCACGCAACCGCAUCCUUGUCAUCAACGACUGGGUCAAGUCCAAGAUCUUUGGCCGUGACGUAUCACGAGAGUAA